CCCCUCCAGUCCGGAGAGACACAAGUUAUCAGGGAGGCAGCCGAAGGGGCAGUUCAUCUUCUUACAUCUUUUCCUCAUCUACAAUCCCCUCUACCCGUCCUGUAUGGUGGAUAUUAUUUUCAGCUCUUCUUUCUUGGGUGAUAUGGGGGAUCAUUCCAAAAAGAAGCCAGGAUUCGCGAUGUGUGUAGGAUGUGGAAGUCAGAUCCAUGACCAGUACAUACUGAGAGUCUCUCCCGAUCUGGAGUGGCACGCAGCCUGUCUAAAGUGUGCGGAGUGCAGCCAGUACUUGGAUGAGACCUGUACUUGUUUCGUCCGGGACGGCAAAACCUACUGCAAAAGAGAUUAUGUAAGGCUGUUUGGAAUUAAAUGCGCAAAAUGCAACCUGGGGUUCAGCAGCAGCGAUUUGGUGAUGAGAGCUCGGGAUAACGUGUACCACAUCGAGUGUUUUCGGUGCUCCGUGUGCAGCAGGCAACUGCUGCCGGGAGACGAGUUUUCUCUCCGGGAAGAGGAGCUGCUGUGCCGGGCGGACCACAGCCUGCUGCUGGAGAGGAGCUCCGCAGGAAGCCCCGUCAGCCCCGGACACAUCCACUCCAACAGACCGCUGCACCUGGCAGCAGAUCCUGUAACGGUGCGGCAGGCUCCGCAUCGGAACCACGUCCACAAGCAGUCGGAGAAGACAACGCGGGUCAGGACGGUGCUGAACGAGAAGCAGCUCCACACGUUGCGGACCUGCUACAACGCCAACCCGAGGCCGGACGCGCUGAUGAAGGAGCAGCUGGUGGAGAUGACUGGCCUGAGCCCAAGGGUGAUCCGGGUCUGGUUCCAGAACAAGCGUUGCAAAGACAAAAAGAAAUCUAUCCUCAUGAAGCAGCUCCAGCAGCAGCAGCAGAGCGAUAAGACUGUAAGCAUCUUCAGCCUGCAGGGCCUCACGGGGACGCCACUUGUGGCUGGAAGUCCUAUUCGACACGAGGGAAACGUGCAGGGAAACCCAGUGGAGGUUCAGACCUACCAGCCUCCAUGGAAAGCUUUGAGUGAAUUCGCCCUGCAGAGCGACCUGGAUCAGCCAGCUUUUCAACAACUGGUGUCUUUCUCUGAAUCGGGAUCUCUCGGGAACUCCUCGGGCAGCGACGUGACUUCUUUGUCUUCUCAGUUACCGGACACCCCGAACAGUAUGGUACCCAGCCCGGUGGAGACGUGAAACGGGGCCCUCCAGACCUAAUGGUCAUCCCUCCUGCAAGGACAGUUGCAGCAUGAUCCCGGUCCCUUGCAUGUGACCAACUCAUCACAUCACCCGAAAUUUCAGUGGGGAGAGCAUUUUUUUUCCUGACACGCAGAAGUUGGAACCAAGAAAGCACCGAUUGACUCCGACUUUUCUUUUUCUUUUUUUCUUUCUUUUUUUUCCGGAGUUUUCAUUGACAAAAAACUAAGCAGAACAAUUGUUGCAUGACUUGAUACGGAGAACGAAGAUGUACAGAAUACCUCCCGAUGGAUAUAUUACAACAAACCAACCCUCAGAAACAAAUUGGAAACAUUUCCACGGUGAUCCAAAUGGACAUCUUGCAAUUUAAUGUGAUCAUAUUGUGUCUUGUUUUUUUCAACAUGAGAAUUUUUGAUACAUUCAUUUCGUUGUCGAGUCCAGUUGACUUUUUGUCUUAAGGUCAGAGCAUGAUAAUCUGCAAAGUAUUCGUGUUGUAAAAUAUUUUAUCUUAAGGGCAAGAUACAGGUUGUUUGAGCUUCUCGAACAAAAAGUAAAUUAUUGUUAUAUUAUUUAUUGUUAGGAAAGCGAUUCGCUAAGGGAUUAUUAACUGAGAAAAAAAUAAAAACACUGAAUACAUAAAGUGUCUUCGUGACCAGUCAUUGUACAGGCGCAUUAUUAUUUCACAUGUGCAUUUAUAAAGCAAUGCAAUUUAAUGUAUUUUUAAAAAACGCUUUAAAAUUAGUAACUACUGCCCAUCUGCCACUUUAUGGACCUAAUUAAGAUUUUCAGGCGCUUUUAUUGUGAUAAAGUUAAACUCACUGUCCAGUCCCAAAAACAGGGAACAGAUUUUCACUCUUCCUGACAGCGUGUAAUUUCCGAUUAAAAAAAAACAGCAACAAAUUACCUACAAAUUUCAUUCUAGGGCGUGUUUCGUAUUUUAAAAGCAUUCGUUUCUGCUGCGCUGAAUAUGUUGUUUGUCCUGUUCAACCUAAGUGAAGCUGGCUCUGUGGUCUUAUCACCCCCCUCCAUCUUGCGGUGUAUUCCCCUUCGGUUAUAUGGCAGGAAUCGGCCAGUGGUCAUUUACUAUCUCGGGGGCAAAAAUCUGCUGUAAAUUCUGCUCAGUCCAGUUACUCUAGUUGAGUCACAAGCCGGUCUAGACAGCGCGCAGGGAUCGGCGACCUCUUAUCUAGUCCUGGCAUCACCUGCAAACGAUACACUGACUGAAGCCACAACAAACUAAACACCCCCCACCUUUGACACACUCAAACCCUCAGCAAAGCCCCUCGUAACUGAGGGGAACUGAGAGCAGCUCGUAAAGGGUCACUUCUCCUCUUCGGUUUAUUUUCCUUUACUAAAUUGCGUUAUUGCACUCGGGUCAGCCGAGAUGACAGCUCAGACUAAAUGGACUGGCAUAUCUUGCACUGUGUAACA